AAUGCCAUAUGUCAUAACCUCGAACGUUAUGAACAUAUAAUAACAAAACAAUAUUUAUUUUUGUUUUCAUUCUACUUUGAGAGGAGGAAAUUUCUGUUGCUUUUGUAAGAGAAUUGAAUAGCGAUAAACAAUGUCGGCAGAUAUACGGCAUUUAAAAGAGUCUGCACGCGAGGAUAGUUUUGAAGCCAAAAUGCAAAAAAUUCUCGAUGAUGUGGACGCUAUUGACGAGAAAAUAAAACGAUUAGGCAAACAACGUGAAAAAUUGAUGAUAAACUAUGAAAAACUAAAAGAUGCCAAAAUCAUGAAAGACGCGUAUACCUCAAUUUUGGACGAAAAUUGGGAACGAGAAAAUUUUGAAUGGUCAUGUCGGUUAAGAGAGACAAUGAAAACUGUAUUUCGUUUGGACAAUUUUCGACCACAACAGCUUCAAACAAUCAACUGUGUCAUGUCAAAAAAGGAUGUUAUUAUGAUCGCUCCAACUGGUGGAGGAAAAAGUUUGUGCUACCAAUUGCCAGCAAUUCUGUCCGAUGGUCUAACAGUUGUCAUAUCACCGCUCAUAUCAUUAAUGGAAGAUCAAGUUUGGUCAUUGAAAAAAUAUGGCGUAAACGCUGAACUGCUAUCGGCUUCAACCGAAAAAAAUAAAAAUAGCUUGAUUUUGAAACAAUUGGCCGAAGGAAUAGAUACAUGCAAUUAUAAAAUUCUCUAUGUAACUCCGGAACGGUUGGCCAAAAGUAAGCGUUUUAUGACAUCGCUACAGAAGUGUUAUUUGGCAAAACGUCUACACUUGAUUGCAAUUGAUGAAGUUCAUUGCAUCAGUCAAUUUGGAAAUGAUUUUCGGCCCGAUUAUAAAUUUUUGGGCACAUUAAAAACAAUGUUUCCAGACGUACCAUUGUUGGGUGUAACAGCGACUGCCACAACCAAAGUCAUUGUCGACGUUCAAAAGAUGUUGAAUUUACAGCAGCCGAUCAUUUUGAAAGCCGAAUUCAAUCGACCGAAUUUGUAUUAUCAUUUGAUGGAUAAACCAGCGGAAAAAGAGCAAUGUAUCGAACUGUUAUAUGAUUUGUUGAACAAACGAUUUGCCGGUCAAUCGGGUAUAAUUUAUGCAUUUUCAAUAGCCGACACAGAAGAAAUCGCUUCCGAAUUAUCACAAAGGAAUUUAAAAGUUCGACCAUAUCAUGCCCAACUCACAAAUGAAAGACGUACUCUGGUGCACUCGAAAUGGUUGUCGGGGGAAAUACAAGCGGUCGUUGCAACAGUGGCAUUUGGAAUGGGCAUUGAUAAGCCAAAUGUGCGAUAUGUCAUUCAUCAUACGAUGAGCAAAAGUAUGGAAAAUUACUAUCAAGAAAGUGGGCGAGCUGGAAGGGAUGGAAAUAGGGCUGAAUGUAUUCUACUGUAUCGCAGUGCUGAUAUUUCGAAAAUCACAUCAAUGGUCUUUACGGAACAUACCGGCCUGAGCAAUGCAUAUAAAAUGAUUGAAUUUGCAAUUGAUGGCAUAAGUUGUCGACGUGACUUGAUCAGUAAACAUUUUAUGGAUGUAUGGAGCAGUUCGGCUGAAUGCAAUAAAAUGUGUGAUCGAUGUUAUCACAAAGACAGCGUAAAUCCACCAAAGAUGAACAUUACUGAAUAUUGUCUUGCCUUAUACAAAAUCAUUGAACAUGCCACCAACAUGGAUGUGAAAUUAACCCAAUUGAAAUUGAUUGAUUCAUGGUAUCAAAAAGGAAAAACCAGUCUUCGUGUUAAAGAUAUACCGGUGCCGAAUUUUGAACGAUUUUAUGCCGAACAAAUGGUCGCCUAUUUACUCAUUAAAGGUUAUCUAAAAGAAGAUUUUCAUUUUUCGGCAUACACAACAUUCAGUUACAUAAAAAUGGGUAACAAAAUCGCACAACAAGAUGAUCGCAUUAUAUUUUAUGGUGCACGUGUAUUGUUGUUGCCCGAAGUGCAUACGAAUGGUCAAAUUGCAUCGAAAUCCAAUGAAUAUGCAACUGACUCCGACACACCUCUGUCAUCGAGAAAGGAGAAAAAAAUUAGGUCUCAAAGAUCGAAAGAGGCUAGCCUUAGCGAAGCCAGCGUGGUGGAUACACCGACCGCCAAAAGGUUAAAGUCAUCAAAACAACAUGGUAACGGUAAUGCUAGUUCAACAACCGAUGACUAUGUGUAUGUAACUGAUUCCGAUGCAGCUCCACCAAUAAAAAAAGUGAAAAAGGAGAAAUCACGAAAAACGGAUGACGGUGGUGUCAGUGAGACUAGUUUCAUGGAUGCAUCAAUCAGCAGUUCAAAAAGCGAUUCAAAGCGAAAAAAGAAAAGCAAACACGAAAAGAAAAGGCAUUCGGACGUGAACGUAUCGCCAUCGGACAAGGCUGACGAUUGUGUCAUUUUAGUGGAAGGCAGUGAUAUAAUCGAAAUUGAUUAAAUUGAAUAAAGGCUUAUUACUGAUUUUUUUAAAAUUAAA